AUGAGCCCCGACGAGCCUCCCCUCCAGAGUGCUCCCGCCCCUUACGUGGCGUGGGAGCCUGCCAACCACGCCGAUAUCGUGCUCAAGAACCACGAAGAACUGGAAGAGCGGUUCAGCUUGUACGCGCAGCGCCACGUGCGCAGCGGCAUGUUCGGCGGGGGAGACGGUGGUGACACCCGGCGUUCCGGACCCACUGGAGGGGGUUUUGGCCAGCAGGACCAAGGUUGGGGAGCUCGAAAGGAUGACGCCUGGAGCAGUGGGGGUGGCGGGGGUGGAUGUUUCAACUGCGGCGAAAGUGGUCACUUCUCUCGCGAGUGCCCUCAGGGCGGCGGCGGUGGUGGUGGUGGCGGCGGUGGUGGGCGAGGGUGCUUCAACUGCGGCGAGGAUGGACACUUCUCUCGCGAGUGCCCCCAAGGCGGUGGUGGCGGAGGAGGCGGUGGUGGAGGUGGGCGCGGGUGCUUCAACUGCGGAGAGGAGGGCCACUUCUCUCGCGAGUGUCCUCAGGGCGGCGGCGGUGGCGGUGGCGGUGGUGGUGGUGGGCGGGGCUGUUAUAACUGCGGCGAGGGCGGCCACUUCUCGCGCGACUGCCCGCAAAGCGUCAGCGGCGGCGAUGGUGGGUGGGGGAAUGUUCACCCCACCUUUGACGGAGAUGCGCCCAUGGCAUCAGCCGAGGACGACAGCUGGGGAACUCCUCCACCGCUUUCAAACUCGUCCUCGGAACCAUCGGACGGCGCGGACGGAUGGGGAACUCCCCUCAGUGGCCCGGCACCCAACAAGUCUCCUGGUGCGUACGUGCACCCCGACCGUGUGGCUCUGCACAAGGUGCGGGAGCCCAAGGGACCUCCUCCCGACGGCCACGGAUGGGGCACUCAAUCGUCUGAUGUCGUUGAUGAUGGCAGCGGAUGGUGAAGGGGUUCGCGAUAGACAGUUGAGUUGUAUAUAGAUAGGAGAAGGCACAUGUAUAUCUGAC